AUGCGUGUAUACAGCUCCGGCCCACCCUCCACCUACCUGCGUCACGCCUUCCUGAACCAAGAUCGCCUCAUCCGCCGCUUCCUGGGCGCCCUCGAGGCCGUUCCGCUGCCGUCGCUGCCGCGCAUCCUGCUCGCGGAGGGGUUCCAGCGGAUGCUGGAGGGUGACGUGCCGCAGCGCGAGCUGCGCGAGUUGUUUGAAGAAGCGGAGGUGGAGUGCCGCAAGAUGCUGCUGCAUCUGGAUGUGAAUAAAGGCGGCCACCGCCGCUACCACGACUCGCACGCCGACCCUCGCGAUCAGGAGAUGUGGCACGCUGUGAUGCACGAUCCGCUACGCCGCCUCCUCGCCCACGAGCUCCGCGCGGCGUGCAGCCACUACGCACGGAUGAUGGCGGUGUCGAGCAGCCCCUACGUCCCAGCGGCCGUCAUUGUGCGCACCAUCAUAGCCUCUGACGUGCGCACCGACAACCUCCUGGUCAAGAUGACGCUCGCGUUCGAAAGACACCCGCGCAAUGUGCAGACGGGCGAGCGCGUCGGAGAGGCGAUGCCGCCGGUGGUGGAGGAGCUGAUGAAGGAGCUGCUGCUGCUGGAGCGAGAUGCCUUUGGCUGCUUCCGGUUUGACCCGCGCGGCGACAACCACCACCUCGUGCACAGCCUCAAGCUCGCCGACAUGACCAAGACGCCGCAGUCUUUCAGCAUAAUGCUUGACCAGCUCAUGAAGAGGUACGGCAACUACUGCGUCGAGUGCGAGGAGGUGCACAAGGGCCGCUGGUGCCAGUACAAGGUCCACUGCGGCCCCGAGGACCACCGCAUCGACCCGGCGCUGCCGCUGUUCGAGUCCGUCGUCGCCACGGACCCCAUCACCGGCGGUGCCUUGAACAUGCUUGUACACUACGACGAGCCCAUCUGCCUUCGCCACAAGCACACCUCGCGCGAGACGAAGGGCAACUUUGGUCACACCGAGGUCUUCGAGCUGGCCAUGGAUGUCACGAACCGCACGUUCUGGGAGCGUUACUUCCUCGACCGGUGA